UCGAUCUCUGUCACGUCCGACAAGUCCCAGCGUCCUCGUCGAGUCUGCAACGCCGAUGAGCACGGGCCACCGUGCACAGAGGAAGUCACCCGGGCAGUCUCUGCGGGCCCACCGAGGAUACCUCGCCACCCCAACAGGGUUCCGAGGGGACCAUGAGGUCACCCGUGAGGCAGGCGCCUCUGACCUCCUAUUUGGCCGCGCUUCUGGCGAUCUGCACCCUUCCGCCAGCGCAAGCCUCAGACUUCAAGAAGAUCUGCUACUUCGCCAGCUGGGCGGAGGAACGCCUCGGCGCGGGCAGUUUCGGCGCGGGCAACGUGGACCCGUUCGCGUGCUCCCACGUCCUGUUCGCGUUCGGCGUGAUGGACGAUGCGUUCUCCGUCCAGCCGGCACGAGGCGACGACCCCACCGCAUACCGGCUGCUCACGGCACUCAAGGAGAGGAACCCGGAGCUUCAGGUGUUGCUGUCGGUUGGCGGCUACGUGUUCGGGGUGGAGAGGUUCUCGGCGAUGGCAUCGAGGAGGGAACACAGGAAAGCGUUCAUCGCGUCCGCUGUCGACUUCCUGCGCACGUACGGCUUCGACGGCCUCGACCUCGACUGGGAGUACCCGGCGCAGAGGGGCAGCCCCGCAGUGGACAAGCAGCGCUUCACGUCCCUGCUCAAGGAGCUGCGGACUGCCUUCGACGACGAGGAGGCGCUGGCCCAGGGUAGGCCGCGGCUGCUCCUCGCCGUGGCCGUGUCGCCCAUCGCGAGCAUAGUCGACGGCAGCUACGAGGUGGAGAAGAUUCACCAGUACCUGGAUUUCAUCAACGUCAUGUGCUACGACAUGCAGAACUGGAACGGACAAACCAGUCACCACAGCCCCCUCUUCUCCUCCUCCCUCUACCCGGAGCAGACCACGACGGAGUCAGCCGUGAAGCUGUGGCUGGACAGGGGCGUGCCCCCCUCCAAGCUCGUGGUGGGGGUGCCGGCCUACGGCACGACGUUCACUCUGAGCGGUGCCGGAACGGCGCUCGGAGCGCCGACCUCCGGACCCGGCGAGGCCGGCGCGUUCACGGGCACGGAGGGGACGCUCGCCUACUACGAGGUGUGCCAGCGUCUGCGCCAGGACCAGUACAACGCGGAGUGGCUGGAGGAGCAGGCGGUGCCCUACGCUCACCUGGAUGACCAGUGGCUGGGCUACGACGACACGCGCAGCUUCACCUACAAGCUGUGUUGGCUAAAGAGCAAGGGUCUUGCUGGCGCCGUUCUCUGGUCCCUGGAUUUCGACGACUUCACUGGGACCACGUGCCAGCAGGGGAGACACCCUCUCCUGAGCGCCAUGAACAGAGUCCUCGACACCCGCACAGGUAAACUCGACAACCACACAGGUAACCUCGACAUCCGCACAGGUAACUUUGACGCCCGCACAGGGACCUACGAUGAGUGCCUGGCCUCCAUGCUGAACCGCACGGAGGAGGUCUUAGAACCACUGCCCUCCGCGUCCUUCGACUAUCCGGGCCGUGCGGAGCGGAUGCGUCGUCACGCCUCGCUCCAGCUCGUCCUGAUGCCGCCGCUUCUACUCCUCGCCCUCCUCCUGGUCGACGUUAAUUGGCGCUAA